AUGAAUGAUAAAUCAAAACUCACAGAACUAAUUAGCUGCUUAUUAACAGAUAAUUCAUUUACCAUAUAUGAAUAUAUCUAUACUGAGAAUAAUAAAGUUAAGAGUGGGCUUACUAAAGAAGAAAUUUUAAAGAUUGUUAAAAGUGAAAAUAAGGAGAAAGGUAAAAAAGAAGAAUUUAUUGAACAAGAAAAAUUUGAAGAUGCUGAUGAAGAAUUCAAAUAG